UUGGGCCAUGAGAAAAGCUGGAGCCUCUUCCUCAAGUAAUGCAUUUCUUUGGCGCGUCUCAUUUUUGCAGUAGCACCUUCCAUUUCAGGCAUUUGCCUUGCUUAGCGGUUCCUAUUUUUCCCGCGACUCCGUGGCUGGUACUGGCUAAGCUCAUUCGGCAUUCGAGCUCGUCCGUCUGCGCAUGGCUUUUGCUGGGUGGCUGCGCCGAAGCAGCAGCCACCGGAGGGUCGGAAGCACUCUAGCCUCCGCGCUCCCGCUUCAGCUAUUCCGACAGCUUGCUCCCGCCGCUAUUGCCGCGGGCUACUUGGCGGAAGGAUUGUCGCAAGGUUUUCCUGCUGCGGAGAGUUUUCACAGCGGGGUUACAGGCGUGUGCGGAGGUUCCGCGGUGCAAUCUUCCGCCGUUCCGCCAGGCGGAUGGCAGCAUCUGGGGAAGCAGGGGAACAGCGGAGAGGAGGAUUCGGACAAUGACCAUAGCGUGGAUGUCACCCCAUGGGUCCGCAGCGUCGCCAGCGGAGUGGACCUUCUCCGCAACCCCAAGUACAACAAGGGCCUCGCGUUCACAGAGGAGGAGCGCAACCGCCUGUACCUGCACGGGUUGCUUCCAGCCGGCUACAUGAGCCAGGACCACCAGGUGGAUCGGGUGCUGGCGAAUCUGAAGGAGGCGCAGUCGGACCUGCAGCGCUACGUGCACCUGAUGGCGCUGCAAGAGCGCAAUGAGCGGCUCUUCUACCGCGUGCUGGUGGACCACGUAGAGCAGCUCAUGCCCAUCGUCUACACUCCUACAGUGGGCCUGGCAUGCGAGCGCUUUGGCCUUCUCUUCCGCCGGCCCAGAGGCCUGUUCGUGUCGCAGAGGGAUCGCGGGCGGGUGAUGGAGCUGCUGAAGAACUGGCCGGAGAGACGAGUGCGCGCCAUCGUGGUGACGGACGGGGAGAGGGUCCUGGGGCUCGGCGACCUGGGCGUGCAGGGCAUGGCUAUAGCAGUGGGCAAGCUGACACUGUACACGGCAUGUGGAGGCAUUCACCCAGCAGAGUGCCUGCCUGUGACCAUCGACGUGGGCACCAACAACCAGGCUCUCCUUAAAGACCCCUUUUACCCAGGGCUCAGACAACCACGUGCCACGGGAGAGGAGUACGACGAGCUGAUCGACGAGUUCAUGGAGGCGUGCAAGCAGCGGUUUGGGUCGGACGUGUUGAUUCAGUUUGAGGACUUUGCCAACCACAACGCCUUCCGCCUACUGUUUCAAUACCGGGGCUCGCACCUGGUCUUCAACGACGACAUUCAGGGUACGGCAUCAGUGGCGUUAGCAGGCCUGGUGGCGUCCCUGCCGCUGCUCGGCUCGUCCCUCUCCAGCCAGACCAUCCUCUUCUUCGGGGCCGGGGAGGCUGGAACCGGCAUUGCUGAGCUGCUGGCGACCGCAAUCAGCAGAGAGGCGAACAUCUCGCUGGCAGAGGCCCGAGGGCGCAUUUGGCUUGUGGAUUCAAAGGGUCUAGUGGUGCGCAGCAGAGUGGACUCCCUGCAGCCACACAAGGUGCCGUUUGCACAUGACCACCCCGAGUCAGCUGAUCUCGUGGAAACCAUUCAAACCAUACGGCCAACGGCACUGAUAGGAGUGUCAGGGCAGGCAGGAACCUUCACCCAGCCCGUGUGUGAAGCCAUGGCUCAACUCAACGAGCGCCCCAUCAUCUUUGCGCUCUCCAACCCCACCUCUCUCUCUGAGUGCACCGCGGAGGACGCCUACAAGUGGACUCAGGGCCGGGCCGUAUUUGCCAGCGGCAGCCCAUUCCCCCCUGUGGAGAUGGACGGCAGGCGGUUCGUGCCGGGCCAGGGCAACAACGCGUAUGUGUUCCCGGGCAUUGGCCUCGGGUGCCUCAUGUGCGGUGCCACCAGGAUGAGAGACGAGAUGUUCCUUGCUGCAGCAGAGGCUCUGGCAGCACAGGUGAGCGAUGAGGACAGGGAGCAGGGGCGGGUGUACCCUCCCAUAUGGAAGAUCCGACAGAUAUCAGCACACAUUGCCAAGGCCGUUGCUGCCAAGGCUUAUGACCUCGGUGUGGCGACGAACCUGCCCAAGCCACCGGACCUCCUGGCUUAUGCCUUCAGCAAAAUGUACAACCCUCACUACCGAAGCUUCCGAUGAUGCUAGCAGGAAGCCUUAUUGCAAACACUAGUAUAGACCUUAUGUACCAAUUUGCCCACGUCGCCGGACCUCCUGUCAUACCACAUUUUUGGCACAUUGUAGAAUCCUGGUACUGUUAUCCAAGCAGGAAGCCUCUAAAAUAUCAGUUAAGACGCCAUGGUGUAUCACCAAGUCAUUUAGGCAAUACUCCUAUCCCGUCAAGCCCAUUGUCCCUAGGAUGCAGUUGGCAUUUCUGCUGAUGGGUGUACUUUGUCUUG